GAAAUAUAUGUUCAUGAUCUGACGACCAUUAAGCAACUUCGAGCGAAUCGCUUGUACCGGCUACAGCUUCGUUGUCGACUAUCCACGUGGCAAUUUAGGCAAAAAGGUUUCCAGCAAAAAGUGUCAUUUACAUUCAUCGAAAAAUACCGUUAUAGAGCAAUGGCAUCACACGUAACGGAUUUCUAUAAUGGCAAGAGUGUAUUUAUUACUGGUGGCACCGGAUUCGUCGGUAUCUGCUUAAUAGAAAAACUCCUGAGAUGUUGCCACGGCGUCAAAAAUAUUUAUCUGCUAAUACGACCAAAAAAGGGAAAAGAAAUCACGGAAAGACUGGAGGAAUUGACGAAGAAUUCGGUCUUUAAUAGAAUGAGGGAGGAAAAGCAAACUGAUUUGUUUAAGAAACUAAUCGCAGUUAGCGGAGAUGUUGGCGAAGAAAAUUUAGGAUUGUCGUUGGAAGAUCGAACAACUUUGAUAAAUAAUGUACAAAUUGUUUUUCAUUCUGCUGCUACAUUAGACUUUGAAGCCGAUCUGAAGAAUACAACAAAUAUUAAUUUGUUAGGAACUCGUAGAAUUGUUGAACUCUGCCAGGAAAUUAAGAACUUUAAGGUGCUGGUUCAUGUCUCUAGUGCAUAUGUUAAUUCAACAUUAUAUGAUGUUGAUGAGAUAAUAUAUCCUGCGCCUGCAGAUGUAAAUACAUUUUUGAAAUUGGUUAAGUCUUUGGAUACAGCUGCCUUAGAUACAAAAACACCAGAGAUAUUAAAAGAUCAUCCAAAUCCUUAUACAUUCACUAAACAUUUGGCUGAACAUGAAGUGCUAAAUGGAGGAAUUCCAGCAUCUAUUGUACGUCCUUCGAUGAUAAUAGGAGCAUGGCAAGAACCAGUUCCAGGAUGGACAAUAUCAAAAAAUGGACCACAAGGUUUCUUAAUGGGUGCUAGUAAGGGUAUUGUAAGAAGAUUGCCAAUUGGAGAAAAUCUUGUUUAUGAUUACAUUCCAGUAGAUAUAGUAGUGAAUAAUCUUAUUGUUGCGGCUUAUAAUGUUGAUCGGGAUAGCGACAAAGGAUUAAAGGUAUAUCACUGUACAUCUAGUACCUGCAAUGCUUUCAAAUGGCAAGAUGUUAAUGAGGAAAUUAACAAGUAUUUACAUAAAUAUCCAUUACGAAGUGCUGUUUGGUAUCCAUAUCUCAAAUUUUUACCAUCGCUUUUCUUGUUUAAAAUUUCGGCCAUCUUUGUUCAUUUUAUUCCUGCUUAUAUUUUGGAUACAAUUACACGAUUAUGUGGAGGUCGUCCGAUUUUGGUUCGUUUACAUACAAAUGUUAACAAAUCGUUAGGACGUCUUGAGAAAUUUAUUUUCCAAGAAUGGAGAUUUAAUAAUCCAUGUAUGUUACAAUUGCAUGAAUCAUUAUCUCCAGAUGAUCAAAAAUUAUUUACAUUAGACAUCAAGUCAUUGAUCUGGAAAGACUACAUGCUGGAUUUGAUACUAGGUGUUAGAGUGUAUCUUCAUAAUGAGUCACCGAAAUCUUUACCGAAAGCACGUUCUAAGGAUAAAAUAUUGAUGAUUGCUCAUUUGGGUUUACAAGCUGCUCUAUUAGGUCUGAUCUGGUGGUUGGUUAAAAUUUUGUUUGCUUCAACAUGGACAAAAACUGGUUUAAUUGUACCAAUAACAUAUUUACUCUUUGAUCAAUUAUAAGCAACAUUUAAAUAAGCCCAUUUUCAAUUAUUUAGAAGAGAUAGAGCUGGAUAAUAUUUGGAAACGUCGAUUUAUUUAUAUAAACACGAUAAUAAUAUUAAAGGAGUUGCUCUAUAGAAGUUUAAGGAGUGAAAACAUCUGAAAUAUUCAAAACAAUUUAAAUUAAAAAGAUAUUCAUUAAAUUCGAAAGAAUUAAAAUAUUUAUAACAAGUGUUUAUGUUACACGAAGUUCAAUAUUGUUCAAUGUUGUGAUUAUUCCUUCAAAUAAAAUGUAAUGGUAUUUCUG